AUGGGAACAACGACAGAGAAUUUUGAGAGACUUGUAACGAGAAAGCUUGCCAGCCUUUGGACGGUAAAGCAAACAAUCAAAGGAGAAGGAGGAUAUGGCUACGUAAUUUCCGUGCCUGGUUUGAAUGAAGAUGGUCAAAAUGAAAAAUUCAGUCUGAGAACCAGUAAUUGCUUCUUGCAUGGAUUAUUCAAGGGAUUUCUUAUCGAGAUAGAACAUCUUGAUGAUGAAAUUCAGCAAGACGAUAAUUUGGAGCGUAACGGUUUAAUUGUUAAAUUUACGAACAGCAUUAACAAGAUCAAAAGUUUGAUAGAUUUGUACAAGUUUCCGGAAGGCAACUUAUGCUUCAACGUCCUGAACGAGACCAAACUGGACUAUCUAAGCGACUUGUGUCAGCAAUAUUGCGACGCGUUGCAGUUUUAA